GGUCUCCGUGGACACAGCCGCUGUUGGGGUUUCGGUGACUCUGCAGCCACGAGGUGCCUGGAAUCCGCUUCCGAGCGCGCCUGCAAGUCACAAUGUCGCACCCGUCCCCCCAAACUAAGCCCUCCAACCCUGGUAACCCCCGAGUCUUUUUUGACGUGGACAUCGGAGGCGAGCGAGUUGGUCGAAUUGUCUUAGAAUUGUUUGCAGAUAUUGUACCCAAAACUGCAGAAAAUUUUCGUGCAUUGUGUACAGGAGAAAAAGGCAUUGGAUCCACCACUGGAAAACCUCUCCAUUUCAAAGGUUGCCCUUUCCAUCGAAUUAUUAAGAAAUUUAUGAUUCAGGGUGGAGACUUCUCAAAUCAGAAUGGGACAGGUGGAGAAAGUAUUUAUGGUGAAAAGUUUGAAGAUGAAAAUUUCUAUUAUAAGCACGACCAGGAGGGUUUAUUGAGCAUGGCAAAUGCAGGCUGCAAUACAAACGGUUCUCAGUUCUUCAUCACAACAGUUCCAACUCCUCAUUUGGAUGGGAAACAUGUGGUAUUUGGCCAAGUAAUUAAAGGAAUGGGUGUGGCAAGAAUCCUGGAAAAUGUAGAAGUGGAAGGUGAAAAACCUGCCAAAUUGUGCGUUAUUGCAGAAUGUGGAGAAUUGAAGGAAGGGGAUGACUGGGGAAUAUUCCCAAAAGAUGGUUCUGGUGAUAAUCAUCCAGAUUUCCCCGAGGAUGCAGAUAUAGAUUUAAAAGACGUAGAUAAAAUAUUAUUAAUAACAGAAGACUUAAAAAACAUUGGAAAUACUUUUUUCAAAUCCCAGAACUGGGAGAUGGCCAUUAAAAAGUAUACAAAGGUUUUAAGAUAUGUGGAAGGUUCAAAAGCUGUUACUGAGCAAGCAGAUAGAUUGAAGCUGCAACCUGUUGCUUUAAGUUGCAUGCUGAAUAUUGGUGCUUGUAAACUAAAGAUGUCAAAUUGGCAGGGAGCAGUUGACAGUUGUUUGGAGGCUCUUGAAAUAGAUCCAUCCAAUACCAAAGCACUGUACCGCAGAGCUCAAGGAUGGCAAGGAUUGAAGGAAUAUGACCAAGCAUUGGCUGAUCUUAAGAAAGCUCAGGAGAUAGCACCGGAAGAUAAAGCUAUCCAGGCAGAAUUGCUGAAAGUCAAACAAAAGAUAAAGGCACAGAAAGAUAAAGAGAAGGCAGCGUAUGCAAAAAUGUUUGCUUAA